AGGCGGAGUUUCUUUCUUUCUCCACUGAGUUGGCAGACUCGGGGCGCACGCUUGUACGCCGAAGUUUAUUAGUCCGCAGUAUUUGAAUUGUGAUCAUGGCCCCCUCUACUCAGCUCAACGAGGCUGUGUCGGACGUACGGAAGGGUAUCCGGGCUAUUCUGCUCGGACCCCCUGGCGCAGGAAAAGGCACGCAGGCCCCGCGGUUGGCAGAGAAGUACUGCGUGUGCCACUUGGCUACGGGGGACAUGCUGCGUGCCAUGGUGGCAUCCGGCUCAGAGCUCGGCCAGAGGCUCAAGCAGACCAUGGACUCAGGGAAACUGGUGAGCGAUGAGAUGGUGGUCGAGCUGAUUGAGAAGAACCUGGACACGCCCCCCUGCAAGAACGGCUUUCUACUGGACGGCUUUCCUCGCACCGUCAAGCAGGCUGAAAUGUUGGACGGGCUACUGGAGAAGCGCACUGAGAAGCUGGAUUCAGUCAUCGAGUUCUCUGUGGAUGACUCUCUGCUGGUCCGUCGCGUGUGUGGCAGGCUGAUCCAUCAGCCCAGUGGCCGCUCCUACCACGAGGAGUUCAACCCUCCCAAAGAGCCAAUGAAGGAUGAUAUAACAGGCGAGCCCCUGAUGCGCCGCAGCGACGACAACGAGAAGACUCUGCUCUCGCGGCUGGAGUCGUACCACCGGCAGACGUCUCCGCUGGUGCAGUACUACAGUGCGCAGGGCCUGCACCGCUCCAUCGACGCCGCGCAGUCCCCCGACGUGGUCUUCGCCUCCAUCCUCGCUGCCUUCUCAGCCGCCUCCUGUAAAGACCGCGUUUUCUUCAUAUGAGGCCUAAACUAACCUCACGCCGCCCCGCCCCGCCCCGCCGUCUUUGUCUGUGUUGCUUGACUGCAUGGCUAUGUGUGGGGUUUUCUGAUCAAUGAGGUUGUAAGCAAUGACUGGGCACAGUUUGGUUCGAAGGAUUUGAAGAAUUGGCAACUGUUUGUGAUCUGAACACAGAAUAUUCUGGUUGGAAUUGGCCAUCGGAAAUGCCCACGUGAUGUCAUGACGCGUCCUGACAUCGAGUAGGCGUUUCUUAUUUGCAGUUUGAACAAGGAUAAUCUGGUGUUCAGAUGACUAAUCUGUAGUUGAAAAGGCUUCACAUCCAUUGAAACGACAACAAUGGAAUUUUUGAUUUCCAUUCUGAUACUGUAUACAGUCAUUGGUUGUGGGCCUCACUCUUGUCCUUGUCUGUGUGUCUGUCCUCUUGUAUUAGAAGCUUCUAUUCUGUGUCCCUAUUUCCUUGUCCUUCCGUUUCCUCUGGGUGUCCUCUAAAUGUCCCCAACCUGGUAAACCCCCGUUCCUCCCUUAGUUUGUGCACCCUUCUGGUCCUCACCUGAGGUGAUUGGGCUUCUGUUUUUCAGUGUGUCUGGCUGCACUAGAGAAUAUGUUCUGUUAAUCGAUGCACAUAGAUGUUGCACUAACUCACUGACUUGACUGCACUUGAUGUUCGUCUAAGCUAUGCACUAUAGAUAUUGCACUGCAGAUGUUGCACUAUUGAUGUUUCAGUUCUUCACUGAUAUUGUGAUCCAAUGUGUGGUCUGUUUGACCCAAGGAUAGACUUGAAACUAAUAUGCCAGAGUUGAAGGUUAGUUUGUUCACAUAGUUAUCAGCAAGUGCAUUUCCAUGAAAUGUUAUUGUUUCUUCAGUAUUGAGGGUCAGAUAUGACGGCCAAAUAGUUUUCAUGAAACGUUCCAGGAUAAAGGCCUUUUUUUGUUUUGUUUUACUCAGUGUUCCUGAGUGUUGGAGUAAUGGAAAGUGCUCUCUUUGCUUUUUUUUUUAUUUAGAGAGUUUACUGGUAAUGUUAAUUCAAAUAGUAAUUAUUGGUACAGGGAUGAAUGUAAGUGCUAGAUUUGCCAAAAUGCUGUUCAGGCUGCUGUUUUUAAAAGAUAAGAUAAAUACACGAUUUGCCUCUGAA